AUGUGCGUCCCGGAGAUUUACUGGGACGACUGCAUCCAAAUGAAAGUCGACUCGUCGAAGAAGGGCAUACCGAUAUCGUGCAUAUCGGGUCGCGAUCGUUUCGAGUGCAUCGACAAAGUUGGUAGACGCGAGGCCGACGUCGUGGCCGUCGACCCCGAGGACAUGUACUUGGCCGCCAAGCACGAGCUUGCCACCAAAGCUCAGUACAACAUAGUCGAGCAGAUCAAAACGAAGGAAGAGUCGGAGGCGCCGUAUAGAUACGAAGCCGUGGCCGUGGUCCACAAAGAUAUGAAGCUGGACAACAUUCGUAAGCUGAACGGCUUGAAGUCGUGCCACACGGGCAUCGGUCGAAACGUCGGCUACAAGAUUCCGCUGACGAAACUCUCGAGCUUGGGUGCACUGGGCGACCUCAACAAUCCCGAGUACUCGGCGCGGGAGAACGAGUUGCGAGCUCUAAGCUUUUUCUUCAGCAAAGCCUGCAUAGUCGGCACUUGGUCGCCCGAUCCCAGCAUCAAUCAGAGGCUUAAGGAGACGUACAGCAAUUUAUGUGCCCUGUGCGAGAAGCCCGAGACCUGCGACUAUCCCGACGCCAACAGCGGCUACGAGGGAGCGCUGCGCUGCUUGACCCAGAGCGGCGGCGACAUCGCCUGGACGAAGCUCAUCUACGUGCGACGUUACUUCGGCAUUAACUUUGGACCGGCCAGCAACGACGCGGCGACCCCGGCGCCGACCGCCGGUCCGUCCAAGGCCGAUCCCGCGGACUACCGAAUUCUCUGCCCGGACGGAAGCACGGUUCCCAUCGACGACAAGACCAAGCCUUGCACUUGGGCUGCUCGGCCCUGGCAGGGAUACAUGACCAAUGGCGGUGUCACCGACAUGGAUGCCGUGCAAAAGGAACUCACUCAAUUGGGCAAAUUCGGCGAGGAAAAGAAAGCAGGCUGGUGGAAAAACAUCAUGUUACUGAGUAAUAAGACUGUGGCUGUCGCAACUUCGCCGGUCGAUCCGGCUCAACAUCUCAAAGUCGCCAAAUACAUGGAAGUGGUCGAGCGAAAUUUCGGAGCUCCAGAGCGAACUGCCAGAUGGUGCGUCUACGAAACUAAAGCGCUGGAAAAAUGUCGCGCGCUUGCAAAGGCUGCCUUUUCCAGAGAUGUGAGACCAAGAUUCGAUUGUAUUCUUCAAAAAGAUGAAGAGGCUUGUCUUAAGUCACUCCGCGACGAUGGAGCUGAUCUACUAGUUAUGAGUGGUGAGAGGGUUGAGUACGCGAUAAAAAAUUAUAAUAUCAGACCGAUAGUGGCUGAGGCUUAUGGUCCAGGAUCGACCGAAUUCAGCGAGAGACCGGCUGUGGCAGUUGUAAAACGUGGCAGUUAUAUCAAAUCGUUGCGUCAUUUGAAAGGACGAAAUUCCUGCCACAGCGGCUACAAAGAUGACUUUUCCGGCUGGAUUGCACCUGUACGAACUAUGAAAACCGUCCAUUUAAUAAAUUCAGAGGACGAUGUGUCAGAAUUUUUCGACAAAUCGUGCGUGCCCGGUGCGUCUCGCGACACAACAUUGUGCAGUCUCUGCAUUGGUAAUCUUGCCUCGAAGGACGAAGCUUUAGCUGAAUUCACCAGAUGUAGUGCUACUGAUGCCGAAGAUUACAAAGGUGGACGUGGUGCUCUCAAGUGCUUAUUGGAUGGCAAAGGACAAGUGGCUUUUAUACCUCUAAGUGCUCUAAAACAAGAUAAUACAACGAAAAAUUCCGACUUCAAUUUGGUUUGUCCCAAUGGAGGAAUAGCUAGAGUCGAAGAUUGGCCACGAUGCCAUUUUGGUUUAGAACCACCCCGAGUUAUUGUUAGUUUUGCUGGUAAAUCGGCUAACUCAAUCGAGGAACUCACUCACGGUAUUUUAGCAGCAAGCGCUCUGUACUCGAAAAAUCCUGAUUAUUUCCGACUCUUCGGUACUUGGGCAGGACAAUCGAAUAUCUUGUUUAAAGACGAAACAAAAAAUUUAAUUACCGUCGACAAAUCAUGGAAUCGAUGGAAACAAUGGGCAACGAUCAAACGAGAAUACAAUUAUUGAUUG